AUGCCGACUCAAGGGAUGGCAUCAAAAUUGUUUCCUCGCGGCGGAAGCCUCGUUUCCAAGGGCCAAAAGGACAAGAAAAUCAUGAAAAAAGUCCGAAAGCAAGUCGGAAAGAAGCCAGAUCUGUUCUCGCAGCAAUCGAAAAAGACGCUGAAGAAAGUCGGAGAAGCGCACAAAAAGAAAAUGAAGAAAAAGAAGAAAGUCCAAGAUGAAGAUGAAGAAGCGGAAGAAGAGAUCGAAAAGCUGCCAAAAAACGCGAUCUGCAUUUCGACAAAACUGGCGAAUCGUAACGCCAAAGCUCUCUGCUUCGUCCGCACAAUCGACGAACUUGGCAUGUCCGUCGUCUAUCCCGGCGGCGCGACUGGCUACGUGAAGCUUGACCAGGUCUCAGACAAAGUGACGGAUUUGAUGAGCAAGGACGUCGCCGUCGAGUUGGAGAAAAUGUAUUCAAUCGGAGAAGCGGUUUUGACCAGUUUAUCGGUCAAAAGAAAGAAAUCAAAGCUCCAUCUUUCGCUCAAGCCGAAAUUCAUCAACGCUAACUUGAGAGUCGACAAGCUUUCAAAGGGACAAAACUUGGCUGGUACAGUCACUUCCGAGGAAGAUACAGGUUUCAUAAUCGACCUUGGUCUCGAAGAAUCAAAAGGUUUCAUUUCUACCGAGAACGCAGAAGGUGCCAAUUUAGUUCUCGGCAAAACAAGCGUGUUCUUCGUCGAAGAAAUUCUCCUCGACGGGCGCCAGAUCGUCCUUUCCACACAAAGUAGCGGCCCGAUCGGGAAAAUUUCCGACAUCGACAGUGUUCUUCCCGGCGCUGUCGUCAACUUCCAAAUCAAGCAGAAAAAUCGCCAAGGUUUCGGCGGAAAAGUCGAGAGUUUCAACGCGACUAUGCAUCACUCUCAAUCUGCCACGCCUUUUUCAUGCAACGAAAAUGAAGAAGAGAAAAUCCAGGCGAGAGUGAUUUACGUCGACCACGAAUUCAAGCGCAUUUGCUUGGCGAAUUCGGUCGGAUACAUGACCUUGAAUGAAGAGAAAGCGGCGGAUAGAGAUGGAGAAGUUGUUAAAGGAAAAGUCAAACUUGCUGCUGGAGGUGGCGUUAUUUUGGAAUUCGGAGAAAAUGGAGAGCUCGGCUGGUGCCCUAGACAUAAUCUCAGUGAAAACCGAGUCGACGAUCUGCUCUCACAUUUCCCAGUCGGCAAAGAAGUAAAAGCGCGAAUCAUCGGCCACAUGACUGGCGAACAACUGCACCUCCUCACCUUCCGCGAAUCGGUAGUCGAAGCCGAGUUCUUCCGCUACGACUCGUUUUCAGCCACGCAAAUCGUUCUCGGAAAAGUGUGCAAAGUCAACGACGCCGGCUGGGUCACUCUCCAGCUCGCGCCGCACUUGUAUGGACAGAUUACUCCUAACCACACGGGAAACAGCCGGAUGUCGAAAGAAAACUUGGAAAAAAAGUACAAACUCGGCUCGUCUCAUCGCGUCAUGGUGCUGGACAAAUCCUCUGAUCGAGUCUUCCUCACCGCCAAAACCUCCAUUUUGAAGACAAAGGGGCUGAAGCGAUUCACGGAUCUUGACGAGAUCGAAGUAGGCGACAUUUCUCUCGGAACAAUUGUCAAUGUCCACACUACUUCCGUCGUUGUCCAGUUUUUCAAUAAUAUCAGAGCUUACGUUCCGAUUUCGCAGCUCUCUCACGAGUUCAUCAAAGAAACAAAAGAGAACUUUCAAACUGGUCAAGUUGUCAGAUGCAGAGUGUUGGAAGUCUCCGCGGAAAGGGAAAAUCAACUUGUUGGUUCGCUUGUCUUGGAGGAAAAGAAAGAAAAGAAGAAGGAAACAAAAAGUUCCGAAAAAUCGAGUUUGAUCGGCAGCGAGAUAACAGUCAAAAUCGACGAUGAGCAGCCGCCAAAUAUGAUCACAGGAACGACUGAAGACGGAACAAAAGUUACGCUUUCCAAAAACGACCUCGCUCUGGACCCACUUGUCGCUAGCUCGUUUUAUGAUCUGAUCAGGACAAAGAAGGAGCAACUGGAAAAGGUGGUCGUCGAGACCAAAUUGAGAGACAACGUCAAGGGAAGCAAAAUUCAAGUUGUAAAAGCAGCGUCGACGAGGGGAUGGACUCAUAGAUGCGGUUCGAAAUUGGACGAUUUGGAAGAGGGAAAACUCUUGCUCGGACAGGUGGUCAAAUCGACGGAAUAUGGCUUCCAGCUUCAAUUCGGCGGGCGAGUCCGGGGAUUCCUUUCCCGUUCAAAUAUGGUCGAGCGUUUCAUCCCCCACCACGACGAAGCAGCUGCCAUUGGCGAUACAAUUCUCGCCAAGGUCAUUCAAGUCAACCCUGAGAAGAAGCGUUUCUUGGUGACUACGAAAGAAAAUGAGAUGACGGAUCUGCCAGAGUACUUCUCCGAAAGCGUGAUUUUCGAAAGCUAUCAGAGCGAAUUGAACGAUUUCAUGGAAUACGCAGGAAUGAACAUUCGAUUUGGCGACGCUGUUCUUUGCAAAUACGUCGUCAAGUGCGAGUACGAACGCGCCGCGGGUGAUGCCAACCCGCUGGUCGAGUUCAUCGGCCAAGCAAAGGGAUUUACCGCGAGAAUGGUCGGCGGAGCUGAAAAAGACGGAACCACAACAACUGCGCUAGCGAAAUUUGUCGGAUUUGGGGAAAAGAAUGAGCUGCUGUUUGUCAAGUCGAAGUUGAAAAAGCAAGACAAAACGACUUUAAUCCACGACGGCCCAUUCCUACGCGCCCUCAAUUUCAACGGCCAUCCGGCGAUUUCGUUCUCCCGGCCAAGUCUUCUCUGCCGAACGGAGCAGAUGAGGCUCUUUACUGACGUCGAAUUUACUUCGAAAUCUGAAGUCAAUGGAAUUCAUUUCGGUACUGUCAAGGAAAUCAAAAGCGAAUCGCCUUCGGAGAAGUCGGAAAAGAAGGGAAAAGCAUGGGGAGCGACGAGCGAGGAUUUGAAGGAGGGAGAUAUUCUUGAUGGAAUCGUUUUCGGAAUUUCUUUCAAGGGUGUCCUGGUCUGUGUUGGCCGAGAAUGCGUGGUUAAUGUCCCGUUUGGAAAGGUGACCCCUUAUUUUAUGCCGAAAGACAAAUCUGCCGAGAUCUGCAAGAAAUACUUCAAAAAGGGAAAACCCGUCAAGGUCCAAAUUUCCGUCCGAUCGAAAAAAUCUCUUCAGGCCAGUAUGGUUGGAGACUACAUCGAUGCCAAAAUGGAAAACUUGACCAUUUCGACAAAAAGAAAGAAAGAAAUCGAACAGACGGAGGAAAAGAGCGAGGCGCCGAGAAAAGCGAUCAAGCUUGACCUUCAAGAAACGAAGGAAAAGAUCAAGGAGGAACCAAAAAGUCUGCUCGAUGCGGCGGAAAUGGAUCUCGAUUUUGAUGACACGGUGGCGAAAGAGGUCGAGAGAAGAUCAAAGAAACCACAGACAACGGAGGAGCCCCAAGAAAACACCAGCAAAGCCCUCUCUUUGGAAGAAAUGGAAGAUAAAGCACGGGAAGCAGAGCGCGAAAUGGAAAAGUCAAAGCUCCCCGAAGACGUGUCCGGUUGGGAGCGUGCGAUCGUUGCUGCUCCGAACAACUCAGAAAUCUGGCUUCGUUAUUCCGCUUUCCACAUUGCUUCGGGAGAAAUUGAGAAGUCGAGGAUGGUGAUGGACAGGGCGCUGAAGACGAUUCAUUUCAGAGAAGAGGAUGAUAGAUUGAACAUUUGGAAGGCCAGACUGAAUUUGGAAGCACUUUAUGGGGACAAAGAAUCUCUACAGAAUCAAUUCAACGAAGCGAAAAAGUGCAACGACGAACGAAAAGUCUACCACGCCGUGAUCGGAAUUCAACUUGACAGCAGUAAAUACUCCAGCGCCAUUCCUAUCCUCCGCGAAGCUGUGAAAAAGUAUCCUGAAGAUGUUGAGCUCUGGGCAAAACUUGGCCGAUGCCAAAUCGAAGCCGGAAAUCCUGAAAAAGCUACUGUCACUCUUCAGCGCGCGCUUCAAGCUAACAAAGCCAAGACACAUGUGAUGAUAACGCAAAAAUUCGCAAAGCUUCAAUUCGAGUUCGGCGAUUUGGAAAACGGAAAGACGAUUUUGGAGCAAAUGCUGAAAGUGCAUUCGAAGCGAGCAGACAUUUGGGGUGUCUAUGGAGACUUGCUUUUGAAAUACGGCGAUGGAGAGGAUGCUAGAAGAGUCUUGCUGCGAGGAAUAGAGGGCUGCUCCAAGUCACGUGGACGACUUCAUUUGAUGAAACGAAUGAUCCACUUGGAAGAACGAAUCGGGGACGAGCAAUCAGCUCAAGAAUGGAGGACGAAGGUAGAAAACGAAAAGACAAAGAUGCCGAGCGGCGCACAAGUCAAAGAAGAUUAA